CGCCCGCUCCUUGGCCGGUCACUCAGUCUUUUGCAAAGGCGGCCCACGGUCUUUGCGAAGCGUGUGGUCCUCUGGUUUGUUGGCAGAGCUGGUGGGUGAUCCUUCAGGGCGACCAUGGCAGAGCCACAGCCUGCGUCCAGCGGCCUCACGGAUGAGGUCGCCCUCGGCUGCUGCUCCGACCCGGACCCCAGCACCAAGGACUUCCUAAUGCAGCAAACCAUGCUAAGAAUUAAGGAUCCUAAGAAGUCCCUGGAUUUCUACACUAGGGUUCUUGGACUGACGCUACUCCAAAAGCUUGAUUUUCCUUCGAUGAAAUUCUCCCUCUAUUUCUUGGCUUACGAGGAUAAGAAUGACAUCCCUCAAGACAAGAGUGAGAGAACAGCUUGGACGUUUUCCAGAAAAGCUACGCUUGAGUUGACACACAACUGGGGCACCGAAGUUGAUGAGACCCAGAGUUACCACAACGGCAACUCAGACCCUCGGGGAUUUGGUCACAUUGGGAUUGCCGUUCCUGAUGUCUACAGUGCCUGCAAAAGGUUUGAAGAGCUGGGGGUCAAGUUUGUGAAGAAACCCGAUGAUGGUAAAAUGAAAGGUCUGGCAUUCAUUCAAGAUCCUGACGGCUACUGGAUUGAAAUUCUGAAUCCUAACAAAAUAGCAGAGAUUAUUUAGUUCUUUGUUGGAGUCGGUGGGGACAAGCAGCAGCGCGAGAGAAGCAGCUGAGGCCCCAGAAGCAUCGAGAACUGACGGAUCUGUGCCCCAGCUCCAGCCGCUCUGAAAUCCCUCUCAUUCUCCUGUUUCAGUGGCUUUUUCUUUUUAAAUCCCACCCCCUCUAUUUAGUCAACCUAAUUUUCAAGUACCAGUUUAUCUUAUGACUUUGACAAAGUUAUGUGACUUUACUUUUUAGAUAAUAAUUAGAACGAUUCCCUCCGGAGACCACGUCUGUUCCCGCCUGUCUCUUCAAUACUACUCAAGUCUGGUUUUGAUCUAUCAUUUAAAAUUUUGUUUUAAAUGUUUCUUUUUCUGUUGGGGGACUGUUACCUUCUGGGGUUUCAAUUCCUGAGAAAUGAUUCUUCAUAAUGGAAAGUAAAGAGUUCUGAACAGAAAUGAAGCUUCAUGUGUGCUUCAAACAGCAUAGUGUUUAUUUUACAAACGAGAAGGCACUCGAGAGCAGUUCUGAAUCAUGCUGACAAGGACACUGGCAGAAAUUUUAUAUAUAUAUAUAUAUAUAUAUAUAUAUAUAUAUACACACUCAAGGUUCAAGGACUAACUUUACUUUUGUAGGAAUGUGGAGAAGGAAGGGCUUAAUUUACUGGGUACUUAGACAGUGGCUAGGCAGCAGCAUGCUUCAUGUGAGUGGAGACUGCAGUUACCGUCAUCAUUUUGGUACCUGGAUUACGCCUCACUGUAGCUCCUGCGCUAGUCUUCUGCUGUGAGACCUGCGGUGAGCUUGGCUUUGUGCCUUUGCUCUCGAGCUUGACUGCAGUGGAAGAAGCAUAGAAGUCUCAGCACAAGGCUGGCCUAGGUGACAUUCUGUGUGAGUGAGGCUCACACGAGUCUUCCCCACCCCAGGGUCUUCAUGAAUUCACUUAGGAUAAAUUAUUUCCAGUGAUAGCUCAGAUAUCAGGAAUUCGCUCAGUGAUCUACCCUGCUGACUGAUGAAGGCUUUCUAAGAGGCAGUUUUGAAAACUUAUGGCCUGGAGGAUAAAACCCAAUUUGAGGUCAAACUGCAUUGAAGUUUUCUGCGGUGUAGUGGCAGAUGUCUGGACGGGUGAUGUCGUCAAGUGUGACACUGCUAGAAGCGCUUUGUUUCUUUUGGGGAUGGAAUGGAUUAAUGUGAGCAGUUUAAACAAACCACAGACAGAAAUAAAACGCUGUUUAAUACGUAAAA